GGUGCAGUCCGAUGCGCGCCCGCGUCUCUCCGUCCGCGCGCUGCACUAACUAACCAGCUAGCCGGUUAACCAGCAAACCGGCGGCUAACUACCGGAACCGACGCCGAAUCAGCCGAUGACGCGUCCAGGCUCUCAUGGCUGCAGUGGUCAGAUGUCUGAUGUCUGCUGGAGGAAAUGAUCCAGACUGGAACAGAACCAGGACCAGUCACACACAAGGAGGCGCUGUCAGUGGUGAGUGAGGAUCCGUGUGUAUCGGAGUGUGUGUACGCAGCGUCUCCUCUGAGCGUGCAGAUGACGGCGUCUGCAGCCGCUGAGCUCCCUCACAGUAAACUCCUGCUGUCUGCUGUCUCUGUCAAGCUGGAGGCCAGCGCUGGAGCACAGAGGAGCCACUGCAGGAGUCCUCCUGAUGACUGUCCGGGGGUCAAAGGAAAGAUCUCUCCGGCUGGGAAUGCUCCAGUGAUGUACAGCAACUACAUGGAGGAGAAACACACUCUGCCGAGCAGUGAGCGCAGAGUCAUCGUACCUGCAGACCCGGGGCAGUGGUCGGCGGGUCACGUGCGGCAGUGGCUGGACUGGGCGGUGCAGGAGUACGGGCUGCCGCCGCUGGACGUGUCUCUGUUUCACGGUGUGGAUGGGAAGCAGCUCUGCAGGAUGAGCAGAGAGGAGCUCCAGCGUCUGACCAGCAGCUACUCUGCAGACGUGCUGCUCUCUCACCUGCACUACCUCAGAGAGACUCCUCUUCCUCACUUGACUUCAGAUGAUGUUGACAAAGCCUUGCAAAACUCCCCGCGGUUAAUGCAUGCUCGCAACACAGGAGGAGCCAGCUUCAUCUUCCCCAACACUCCAGUCUACCCUCCAGACGCCAGCAGAGGAGCCAGCAGAGCAGCAGAUGUGGGUUAUGACGCCGUCAGACGCUCUGGAUGGACUCCUGCGCUUCCUGCAGCUAAAGUUUCUCAGAGCUCUGCCGCCAUCAUGACCAAAACUGAAGAGCAGAGAGCGCAGUUAGAUCCGUAUCAGAUUUUAGGGCCGACCAGCAGCAGACUGGCCAAUCCAGGCUCUGGUCAGAUCCAGCUGUGGCAGUUCCUGCUGGAGCUCCUGUCCGACAGCUGCAACUCGUCCUGCAUCACAUGGGAGGGAACCAACGGCGAGUUCAAGAUGACGGACCCGGACGAGGUGGCGCGGCGCUGGGGCGAGCGGAAGAGCAAGCCCAACAUGAACUACGACAAGCUGAGUCGAGCCCUGCGCUACUACUACGACAAGAACAUCAUGACCAAAGUGCACGGCAAGCGCUACGCCUACAAGUUCGACUUCCAUGGCAUUGCCCAGGCCCUGCAGCCGCACCCGCCCGACUCCUCCAUCUACAAGUACCCUGUAGCGGCGGCAGAUCUGCCCUACAUCAGCUCCUACCACCCGCAGAAGAUGAGCUUCGUGGCUCCGCAUCCUCAGGCUAUGAGCGUCUCCUCCUCCGGCUUCUUCAGCGGGCCGACUCCUUACUGGAACACACCAGCGGCAGGGAUCUACAGCGGGCCACGGCACCCCCCAGCUCACAUGCCCUCACAUCUGGGCUCAUACUACUAGAAGAACAGCAGAAACAUCUCAAGACCAGCAGAGACGCUCACAAGACCUCACAUCUGGGCUCAUAAUAGUAGAAGAACAGCAAGACCAUCUGAAGACCAGCGGAGACUCUCAGCAGAGACAGGACAGUGAACGUGGAGGCAGAUAUCAGAGCUAACGGGGGCUGCUGUUAGAGAUCCGCUGCAUGAUCAAUACUUAUUCAUCUAUAAUGUUAUCUGUACCUUAUUGUACAAACACACAUAUCAGAGAGCGGAGAGAGGCGGAGCGUAGGUGAGACGGGUCAGAGGAGGACAGAUAGAUGGUCAAAUGGACAGACAGACAGGCAAAGGAAGAUGGAUGGUCAGAGGAGGGCAAACAGACAGAUGGCCAAACAGACAGACAGACAGUAAAGGUCAAACCAGACGGUUAGAAGAUUACAGACAGAUGGUCACACAGACACACAUUCAGCUGGACAGACAGUCAAUCAGACAGAGGAGGACAGACGGUCACACAAUCAUACAGACAGACAGAUGGACAAUCAGACAGAAGAGGACAGACAGUCAGAUGGACAAUCAGACCGACAAACGGUCACACAGACAGACAGAGGAGGACAGACAGAGGACAGAUGGACGGACAGACAAGAAGACGGACAAUCAGACAGACAAAGGAGGACAGAUGGACAGACAGUCAUAAAGACAGAGAGAGGACGACAGACAGACAAUGAGAUGCACAAUCGGUCAGACAAACGGUCACACUGACAGACAGAGGAGGACAGGUAGACAGACGGGCAAACAGAGGAGGGAAGACCAAUGGACAAGCAGACAUUCAGACAGAUAGACAGACAGAGGAGGACAGGCAGACCUCAGGUUCGUGAUGUGUCACUGCAGUGUGUGUUAAAGCAUGAAGAAUGAAGCUCCUGCCGUGUUUAUCAGUAUUACUCCGUCCUCGUGGUAUCAGAGAGUGUUCUGUGCCUUCAAAACUAUGCAACUGUGUAGAAAACUGGAAGCGUUCAGAUGUUUUUCUUGACCUCAGAUCUUUCCAGACCAAAGGUGCGUUUAUAUGAAGCAGUGCCUUACAGACAGACUCAGCAGAAGACAUUUACCAAAGACAGCAGUAUUAUUAUUAUUAUUAUUAUUAUAAUGACAAUGUUCCGAGUCGCGAACGCUGUGCGUUUGUUAGAUUGAAGUAUACAAUUCAGUGUUAUAAUUCUAUUUCUACCUUAGAUAUAUAACUUAUGCAUUUAAACACUACGAGUUGAUCUCAGCCAGCCAAUCAGACAUCAGUCAUAUAGACGUACAGAAGCACAGGGACGGCUGGUUUACAGUGACGCUGGACUGCAGAAGCUCACUGCCUCAGAGAUUGUUGACAAAGGGAAAACACAUAUACUUGAUAAAUUAUAUGAUUUUCUACUGAAUCAAUUUAAUAAACUAUUUUCUUCUGGCUAAAGAAA